AAAUGGCACCUCGCAAGGGGAAGGAAAAGAAGGAAGAACAGGUCAUCAGCCUUGGACCUCAGGUAGCUGAAGGAGAAAAUGUGUUUGGUGUCUGCCACAUCUUUGCAUCCUUCAAUGACACUUUUGUGCAUGUCACCGAUCUUUCUGGCAAGGAAACCAUCUGCCGCGUGACUGGUGGAAUGAAGGUGAAGGCUGACCGAGAUGAGUCCUCUCCCUACGCUGCCAUGUUGGCUGCCCAGGAUGUAGCCCAGAGGUGCAAGGAGCUGGGCAUCACUGCCCUCCACAUCAAACUACGGGCCACAGGAGGAAAUAGAACCAAGACCCCUGGACCUGGGGCCCAGUCAGCCCUCAGAGCCCUUGCCCGCUCAGGAAUGAAGAUCGGGCGGAUUGAGGAUGUCACCCCCAUCCCCUCCGAUAGCACCCGCAGGAAGGGGGGUCGCCGUGGUCGCCGUCUGUGAACAGGAUUCCUC